AUAUGCCCACAAACUUUUUGGCCAACAAGAUAACCUCGUAACAGUGCACUGGCUCCAACUGCCGUAACUGCAGAAACACGGGCACUCAAUGCGAGCCGUAUAUACGUCCCGGGAGGCGCGACAACUCAGUGGCACUUCGAAUGGCCCAAUCGAGGGUCCAAUGGCUUGAAGAUCAGCUGUCACAAAAGUUUGGUAUUGAAUGCAGUAGGCUACCUGUCGGAACAUCCUUGAAUCCCUCUCAAGCCACGAUAUCCAUUCCGCAGGAACAGAGGCAAGAGAACCCACCCUCAGCCGCACCUCCAGGUUGUCGGACUGCCAGUACAGAAGAGCAGACAGCGCCUGUGAGCCCAGCCACGGUAAUAGAUACUUCAGAAAUCAGCCUGCUGGCUCUUAAUGCAGCAGGCGAAGUGAGAUAUCUCGGACCGUCAAGUGGAUCCUUCUUCACAGCGUACAUCUCAAAGCUUGCCCAAACCAUAGACAGAUGCCCGGACAAUGAUGGAAUACCGCUUCAUACCACGCGCACGAUUAGCUCAGAUGAUGACGAUCAGGAGAUCCUGUCAAGUGAGAUUGUACAAGAUCUCUUGCAUUCAUAUGAAAUGUGGAUUCACACACUUUAUCCAUUGAUGGACCUUGAGUAUUUACGGAAUCUUGUGCGAAAAUGCAAAGAUAGUCAAACUUCAGCACAAGACAUGGAAUUAGCAAUAGUCUAUCUUGUUCUAGCACUAGGAGUCAAGCAGCAACCUCCGAAGCCAGGCAAGCCAUGGUCCAGCAGUAACACACAGGAGCCAUCUACUUUGAUGCCACUUUCUUCUCGCCUUUAUUCUCGAGCGAUAAAAUGCCUCAGUCACAGCAGUGCAUACACGCCCAGCAUUAUGUUAAUACAAAUCAUCCUUUUAAUAUCCAUUUACGGUUCCUACGAGUCCGUGGAAUCAAGUCAAUGGCAGCUAGCCGGCUUGGCGAUGCGGGUAAGAAGAUAUAUAUUGUUCGAUUCAAGAAUCUGCUGAUUAUUUUGCAGAUGGCGGUUGACCUUGGUUUGCAUCAUUCCCCCGAAGGUGGCAUGCAUCGCAACAAGAUCUAGACGAAAGAAAUCGUCUCUUUUGGUCUGUAUAUGCGAUCGAAAUUGGUCUGGCAUAUAAUCUAGGAC